GUUUUCUUUUCAUUUUUCAGGUGAGGGAAACUUUUUCUACUGAGAAAUGGCAACUAUUUUCCUACGGCAUCAAUUUGUGUUUUUAUUUUUAAUUUGUUCUGGAAUUUAUUUUUUAAUAACAUGGCGCAUUAUGCUAAAAAGCAAAAGCAUCAAAAUUGAAGUCUUAGGAAUCAGUGGUAUUAAUGUCAAUAAAGAUUUUAAACCUAUGAGAGAAAACAUGCUACUUCGAAACAGGAAUGAAGAUUUUCCUUCGCAUGGAGAAAGUGAUACAAAGUUACUAAAAUCAAAUUUAAAUGACUUACAUUCUACUCCAGUUACUCAUAUGCUCAAUAAAUUGAGUCAAAAGGCAGCUGGAUUAUCUCAUGAUGUUAUGAAUUUCGUAAGGAUAGAAAAAACAACUACAGAUGAAACUAAGUUACAUCACACAUCUUUCACUAAUAUGGACUCAAAACACAAUUUGUUUGACAACUUACCAAAAGAGUUCCUAACAACAAGAGCUUCUGCGCGCCUUCAAGAACAUGCCCUUAAUGAAUCAAAACAAACCUAUUCUAAUUACUCGAAAAUUCGCCAGCCUAUACUGAAUUCUGAUUUAGGUGGUAAUCCUGGGUCAACUUUUAUACAAAAGCAUAAAGAUAUGGAAAAAGUGACUCCUCCAAUACAAACACGUAUCACCAAAUCUGCCAAGAUUCAAACACCUUCACUGCAUUUAAAUUUAAGUGGCAAUGCUAGGUUAAAAUCGAUAGAAAAGCAUAGAAACAUGGGAAAAGUGACAUCUAAAAUACAACAGCAUUUGGACAAGUCUGAUAAGACUCCAACACCUUUACUGCAUCCAGAUUUAAAUGGUGAUCCUGUGUUAGGAUCCAAACAAAAGAAUAGAAAUAGAAAUAAAGUGAGUAACACGGUGACACAAAAAAAUUUGAUAACUGCUAUUAAUUCCGGUUUGGUCUUGAAUACUUCUGGGUGUAAAAUAUCCAAAUUCGACCCUUGGGAUCCAACGGUGAUAGAAUUUAUUAAGAUUCUUGGCCCAUAUAGAUGCUCAGAGUUUCCUAACUUUCUAGCAGCAGAGCCUCAUGGAAUCAUCCAUUUAAAUAUUGGAGUGCUCAAAAAGUAUUACAAUUCAACUCUAGAUGAUAUAGAUUGUUGGUAUCAGGGAAUCAAACGUAAACACGAAGAGCCUGGAAACAUCAGAGAGAAUGACUAUUAUAGAACCGAUGUUCGUAAACUAAAAUUCAAUCUACCCAUUGAAGAGGAAUACGUUGUAGUUAGAUGCUUUUUCAAUAAUAAUCACACCCAUGAGCAAUAUUUCCCUCUCGUAAAGCUCAAAGAAGACGCACAAAAAGAAAUACCAAAAACUAAUCGACCUUUGAAUGUCAUUCUUUUGGGCAUAGACUCUGUAUCUAGCCUAAACUUUGUAAGACACUUUAAGAAAACAAAAGCGUUUUUAAAAAAUAAAGUGAAUACUUUUAAAAUGAAUGGCUAUACAAAAGUCGGUGAUAACACCUUUCCUAAUUUAGUACCUCUGCUCACAGGACACUUUGUCGAACAUUUGUGGAACGAAACGAUUAAAGAUACAUUUUAUUUUGAUAAUGUAAGUUUUAUAUGGAAAGAGUAUUCUCGGUAUGGAUAUAAAACUUUUCUUGCGGAAGAUAUGCCUUACUCGGGAACCUUUAACUACUUGAAAAAAGGAUUCCAUGACCCACCUACUGACUAUUAUUACAGACCUAUGGCACUGGCUAUAGAAAACUCAGAGGCAUGGCAAAAAGCAAAAGCUGAUAUGUCUCCUUGUAUAAAUUCGCAACUUGAAGUCGAUAUAAUGUAUGACUACUUAAAUAACUUUGUAAAAACUAUGAACAAGAGACGUUUCUUUGCAUUUUGCAUGGUUUCUAUUCUGACGCAUGAUGAUAUAAACUAUGCUAGCUGGGCCGAUGAACCUGCAGAAAGAAUCUUAAGAGAACUCGAUGAUGCAGGAGCUUUUGAGACAAGUAUUAUCGUUAUAUUUAGCGAUCAUGGCAUAAGAUACGGUGAUAUAAGACAAACGUAUAUAGGCAAAUAUGAAGAACGUAUGCCUUUCAUGCAUAUACAUGUACCUCGAUGGUUUCGAUCUUUGUAUCCGAAUAUGGAACGGAAUCUGAAGAUUAAUCAAAAUAGACUGAUUACAUUGUUUGAUUUGCACGCGACCAUGAAGCAUUUACUUCACCUAGAAGACAAUUUUGCAGAAAAUACUGAUGAGUUGGGUUUGAGCUUACUAGAUGAAAUUCCAGAAAACAGAACCUGUGCUGAUGCAAACAUCAAACCCCACUACUGCCCCUGCAAUAAUUACGUUGAUGUAUCCGUUAAUGAUUCAACUGUUAAAACACUUUCCCAACUUUUAGUAGAUCAUUUGAACGACCUUUUACUUCCUCAUUCGGAAGUUUGCGCGAAAUUAAAAGUAUAUACUAUAAAUGAUGCUCGCCUGGAUAUUUUCAGUGGAAACUCAGGGAAUGAACAUAAAAGAAAGCCGUCAUUGUCAUCAACAGUUAAGAAUUAUUUAAUAACUUUAAGCGUAAAACCAAGCUCAGCGAUUUUUGAAGCAACUAUCCAAUACGAUAUUGAGACUAACCAAACAACUGUGCUAGGUAUCAGCAGACUUAACAUGUAUGGAAGACAAUCAUGGUGCAUAGAUAGUCAAGUUCUUAGACUUUACUGUUAUUGUAAAUCUGAGCCACCUUAAAUUGCUACUUACAACAAUUAGGGAAUAUGUAUGGUACAUGAUAGGAACAUAUCUACAUCUGAGAGAUAUUAUCAAUGUCUAAAUUUAGGUAUUAAAUUACUAUUCAAUUA